GGAUCACCAGGAGUUCCGGGUGAUGAAGGACUAGAUGGGUUACCAGGUGUGCCUGGUGCACCUGGCUUCAAAGGAGAACCUGGUUUACCUGUAAAAGGUUUUAAAGGUGUCAAGGGUAUUGAAGGACUUCCAGGAGACUCUGGUAUGCCAGGAUUGCCAGGAUUCCCAGAUGCAGGAGACCCGGGAUUUGAUGGACUUUAUGGACGUGAGGGCAAUCCUGGACUCCCAGGUCUACCUGGUCUGGAUGGUCUUCCAGGCUUACCUGGGGAGCCAGGCUUAAAGGGUCGCCCUGGUGAUCCUGGAGCACCUGGCUUUAAUGGCCAGAAGGGAGUUCGUGGAUAUAAUGGUGAACCAGGACCUAAAGGUUUACCUGGAGAUGAAGGUAUGGUCUGA